GUUUUAUGCGCUGCGACGCUCGACUGCCCGCUGAGUUGUUUGUGGAUCAUUGAUUCGAUUCGCCUUAUCUUUUUGUUUGGAAACAAAGCAAAUAAUUGCCCAAAAAUAAAACAAAAUAAGCAUGGCAUUUAGUUGAUUAUGAUCCACGAGCUGGCUUUAUUCGGCUGGCUUGCAAAAGUUGCUCGACUUUCGCGCAAGACAAUAUCAUCAACGCAAAAUCACGCAGGUCAACUUGGAAGAAUGCUGGUCGCGAGACUCUAAACGCUUUAUUCUGGCUGAAGAAUCUUGACGAUUUCCGUCGUUUUGAUUAUGGCUACUUGGACUUUUCAUCAUGGCUAAUAUCAAAGUCUACGCUCGGCUAUUCCCAUGUCAAAAUCCGAGCGAACUUGCCCGGGUAGAAGGCAACAAACUUUUCAUCUCCAAAUCGAGCGUCCAGCCUUCGGAAGGUCAAAAGAACGGUGCUGUCAAUGAGCACGAAAUCGGGAUAACGUUUAAUGGGAUAUUCGGCCCGUAUUGCUCACAAAGUGAAGUAUUUGGAGAGGUGGCUAGCACACUUGUUUAUAAACUUUUUGAGGGCUAUAAUGGGACCAUAUUCGCAUACGGGCAGACGGGAACGGGGAAAACGUUUACCGUUGAAGGAGACGAGACGGGACACGACAGAUCAGCAAAGCAUGGUCUGAUCCCCCAAGUGCUUUCACUUCUCUUCAGUCUAUUGGAGGAAAUGCAAGAUGAUUGUGUUUCAGUUCAGAUAUCUUUCCUGGAAAUCUAUAAUGAAUUGGCAUAUGAUCUUCUUGGUACUGUUAUGCCAGCAAACAGCAACAAAAGAGACCUUCCCAGGGUAUUGGUGGCAUUGGCAGGAAAUAAAACAUGCAUUACUCAUGGUUUGUCUAUUCACAAUGCUCAGUCGGAAUAUGAUGCUCGUAAAUUGCACCUGAAAGGGCGAAUGAACAAGGUGAUGGCUGAGACCCCAUGCAAUGGACGAUCCUCAAGAUCUCACACAAUAUUUACCAUCCUGCUCACAAGACAAGAGAAGGACUCAGAGAUUGUAUAUAAGUCAAAGCUAAAUAUAGUAGACCUUGCAGGCUCUGAGCGUCUAUCAAAUGAGAAAUCAGACAACCAACGCACCAGGACAAAACACAUUAAUCUAUCCCUACAUCACCUUGAGGGGGUUAUUAUUGCGCUUCAAAAACUAAGUGCUGUGGCUCCAUCAGUGCCUUGCCAGCAGUCUAGGCUGGUACGAUGUCACAGUGCACAGCACUUGAAUACAAUCAGUAGCAGUAGCGAGGAUUCUGUCGUCAACAUUUUCCGCAGACUGCGUCGUUCUUCCAGUGCUCUAAACCUGUUUGAAGCUGCAAGAAAGGGAAUCUCAGUAGAAUCCAACAGCUCAUACGUCCCCUACCGCAACUCUCUUCUGACAAUGAUUUUGCAGGACAGUUUAGGAGGAAACUGUAACACUACAAUGAUUGCUACUCUCUCACUUGAGAAGGACAAGUUAAAGGAAUCCAUCUCCACCUGUCGCUUUGCUCAGAGAGUCAUCAGAGUUGUUAAUAGGCCUCUAAUCAAUAAAGAAAUCAAUAAUGAAGCUUUGAUCAGAAAUCUGAAGAAAGAGAUUGUCCAGUUGAAAAAGAGCCAUCAUGAUUUUAAAGAGAGUGAAGAGAUGACUGGCGCAGAUGUAACCAGUAAAUGUGUGGACAUCAUUGAUGGAUUUCUUGAAGGAAAAAUUGUCGACCCUAUUGCUCAAGGUAUCAACACUCCCCAGAAAUUCCAUGCAUGCCUUGUCUACUUGAGGGGUUUGUUACGGCAGACGAACAGCCAAGAGGAGGCAACAAGCUCUGACGAGCAUGAUAGUGGUGUAGGAAUGAACUAUCAUAGAGGACAUGGUCAUGGAGGACUCAGUGAAAACAUGUCCCAGGGGCCAAGGAGCCCUGCCGAUACUGUCAGUAGCAGUGAGUCAAAUUUGAUGUUUGGUGCAAUGUCCCACAUGGCCAGUUCAAGAAAGCAUGACGUCGAGACCCAGACAACAUAUACUAGACAGCGGAGAGCAGCGACAUUGUCUAAAGGAGUCAGCAUCCAUGACAUGCCCAUGGCACCUAGAAGAGCUUUGGUAGAAUCUAUUGAGAAAAAUAACCCAAGAGUUACCCCACCUAAAACUGGUCGCGUAACUGAGAAGGAGCUUAAACUCUGGGAAAUGGAUAUUAUGAAAAAUAAUCUCAUACAGAGGUACAAGACCUUGAACUCUGCCCUAGCCACACAGAGGGCACGUGUCCUGGUCAUGGAGAAACAUGAUGGUUCCCCAGAUGACUUGGAAAAUGAGAGGCUUGCAGAGCAACAUCUAUUCAGGAAGCAGGGAGAUGUUGAGCGUAAGCUGUCUAUACUCAUGAAGGAUAUAGCAGUGCUGAACUCGGCUCACCGAUCAGACAGGGUGGUACCAAGCCAACCAGUUUUGGUUCAGGAUUCGUGCCCCGCCUUCCGCGAGCGCCAGUUGGAACUCCGGGAGCGCUCUACACAGCAAAAGCUUCUAUCGUGCCGCGAACAGCUCAAGAAGGGCCUUCAAGCCAUCCCCAUGGCAACCUCAUACGUCUCUAUGGCAACCACACCGAUCCCUACCACUGCCCCACCCGCUUCAAUAGAAGCCACACCCGAACCUAUUGCAGCUACGCCCAAGGCUGUGAAGAUAGAGCCGCCUCAAACCGGUAAGCUUAGUUGUCAGGAAGAGGGUAAUAAUCAUCGAGAAGAACCAGUUAAGUGCUCCUCUGAGGCCGGGACGUCUGGAUCCCCGGGAGAGUCCGACGUAUUUCCCAAAGAGAUACCGACAACAGCCCAACUACCGUCAAUGGCCUCGGAUUUUUCGCGAGAUUGUCCGAGCCCGUCAACACCGACACGGAAAAGACCUGACGGAUACACACCUUUCAGCCCUUUCUCACGUUGCGGCGUUAACAGUAUUCGAAGAAGAAGCAAAUACAAUCAGAAUCUUGUGGAGGGAAUGCAUCGUGACGAAGCAGGUUACAGGACAUCUAGCCCAAUGCGGUCACAACAAAGGGUUUCUCCGGGCAUAAUAAGCGUCAACAGACUUCCUGCAACACCUGCUCGUAGGCCUGCCGCUGUGACCCCCUCCAGGUCUCCACGCUCAGCCUCUAGGACCAACCGGAGAAGCCAGGGUCCCGUCCCAUCUCCAAGGGAUGACCUUAGGACCCGUGGAAACACGCGGGCACGUCGACCUGCGACCUGUCUGGUCAGAAGCACAACGCCGCAGUCGGAUAAAAAACACCAGAUCGAUAAAUCAUCCGUGUUUUCGUAUAAACUGGAUCAAAGAAAGGGCUUUAUAAAACGCGGUAAUGACAUUGUGUACAGAAAGUCAAGCUUUGCGCAAACAAGUCCUUCACCCGAUAAACAACAAAUAGAGGAAGUGGACAGUAAGUCAGGCCUCACACAAAAGAACCCGAUACCGAACGAGGAGACCGCUGUGGCUGUUUUAAACGAGCAACACGCUGCUCCAAUGCCAGUCGUGCAGGAAGAAUUCAAACUCAAGCCACCCAGACUAUCUCCGAUAGGACAAGAAAAUAUGGAAGAACAGCAGGGAAUUAUGUCCGCGCGAGGUCAAGGCGUAGGGGAGAAUCAGCGGCAGGAUGUUCAAGCACGUGAUAGCGAGACACGCCAAGCUUCUCCCCCCACAUCUCCCGUCAUGACUGAACUAAGGAGGAAGCAGGUCGACAGGGCAAAACGCAUUCGCGAGAUCACCAGUGCUGUGACAGUCAUACAGAGAGCUUACAAGCGACACGUGAGGCGCCGACGCGAAGGGGAGACGGUGAAAUGCAAUGAAACACGCUUGAUUCCAUGAUUGGAGUUUGACUAGUAAACCGAGCGCGAGUGAGCGAAACGCAAUAGACAUACACUUUACAGAAAAGACGACACUUUGCAUUUCACUUUGAUCUCCAGGGAACUGUGAACACAGACUUGAACGACACGGUAAAACGCAACAUGACUUGAACGACACGGUAAAACGCAAUAUGACUUAAACGACACGGUAAAACGCAACAUGACUUGAACGACACGGUAAAACGCAACAUGACUUAAAUGACACGGUUAAACGCAACAUGACUUGAACGACACGGUAAAACGCAACAUGACUUGAACGACACGGUAAAACGCAACCUACUUAAACGACACGGUAAAACGCAACAUGACUUGAACGACACGGUAAAACGCAACAUGACUUGAACGACACGGUAAAACGCAACAUGGCUUGAACGACACGGUAAAACGCAACAUGGCUUGAACGAAAUGGUAUAAACUCAACAUGGCUUGAACGAAAUGGUAUAAACUCAACAUGGCUUGAACGAAAUGGUAUAAACUCAACAUGGCUUGAACGAAAUGGUAUAAACGCAACAUGGCUUGAACGAAAUGGUAUAAACUCAACAUGGCUUGAACGAAAUGGUAUAAACGCAACAUGGCUUGAACGAAAUGGUAUAAACUCAACAUGGCUUGAACGAAAUGGUAUAAACUCAACGUUACUUACACGACGGGCGAGCAUGUAGAACACGAGGCGACACGGUAAAAUACAACACGAACUUACACGAAACAGUAAAACACUGCACGGAAAAACAAGAAACGAUGAAACACGUAAAAGAUGUAAGAACACGGACUCACGCGACACGAAAGAACACGACAUGAACUCAGUCGACACGCCUAAAUGCGUCACGGUAAAACACUACACCGUAAAACACAAGGAAACCACAAAAAACGGUAAACAAUUAUGCACAAGGAAAAAAAUAGAACUUUAAUGAAAUGUCAAAAAUAGGGAGUUAACUCAAAAGAGGAUAGAUGAUAUUUUUUUAAUUUAUAGGGGUUAGUAAGUUAUAUUUUUAAGUCAAUAUUUUUAGUACACAGUACUAGUUUUUUGGCAUCCAGGGCAGUUUUAUCACCCGCAGAAUGCUGAGAGUUUACUUCAAAAUCACUUCCAUUAUAAAGGGGUCAGCUCACCAUGCCCAAGUUGCAUUGCAAAUCCUGAAACAUCAGUAUGUAUGAGUAAAUUUAUAUCCUUCAAGAAUUUUUUUGAAAAAUCGAUAAAAUCCUCCAUAUGUUGAUUUUUUACAGAUAAAGAUACACAAUGCAAUACACUCUCAACCACGUUCCAGAGUCUUUUGGGUAGUUUUCAAUAGGAGUCAUUUUGACAAUUACCCAGAAGCCCCGAGAACAGGGUGAAACAUUCUUUGAUGGGUGAGAUGGCCCCAUUCAGUGUGUUCAGUUAUUUCUUUUGCGAGUAGUUUUCUUAGAUUUUUGGUUUGGGAACAAAUCGGAACAGGUUCAUGAAGCAUCAUGAUCUCGUCAUAGAACCCCCCCUAGUCUACCGAGAGGCGUGCAUGGGGUGGGGCCCCUCCCAUAGUCUACCGACGGGCGUGCAUGGGGUGGGACCCCUCCCAUAGUCUACCGACGGGCGUGCAUGGGGUGGGGCCCCUCCCAUAGUCUACCGAGGGGUGUGCAUGGGGUGGGCCCCCUCCCAUAGUCUACCGACGGGCGUGCAUGGGGUGGGGCCCCUCCCAUAGUCUACCGAGGGGUGUGCAUGGGGAGUGCUACUCUCUUAUUGUACUGGGGGGGGGGGGGUGCUUUCAAACAUUAUACAGCUAAAUGCUAAGACUAAAUUAGUGUUAUUGUCAAUAUUCAGAUGACAAGUUAUCCUAACGAUCCUCUAACGACUAAACUCUAGAGGGCACAACACACAAUACAAUCUUACUUUAGUAACUGGCAUGGCUUUUUCGCAGUCUUUUUAUAUAGUGACUAGCUUACCUACACACUAUAGUAACUAGCUUACCUACACACUAUAGUAACUAGCUUACCUACACACUAUAGUGACUAGCUUACCUACACACUAUAGUGACUAGCUUACCUACACACUAUAGUAACUAGCUUACCUACACACUAUAGUGACUAGCUUACCUACACACUAUAGUAACUAGCUUACCUACACACUAUAGUGACUAGCUUACCUACACACUAUAGUAACUAGCUUACCUACACACUAGUAACUAGCUUACCUACACACUAUAGUGACUAGCUUACCUACACACUAUAGUAACUAGCUUACCUACACACUAUAGUAACUAGCUUACCUACACACUAUAGUAACUAGCUUACCUACACACUAUAGUGACUAGCUUACCUACACACUAUAGUAACUAGCUUACCUACACACUAUAGUAACUAGCUUACCUACACACUAUAGUAACUAGCUUACCUACACACUAUAGUAACUAGCUUACCUACACACUAUAGUGACUAGCUUACCUACACACUAUAGUGACUAGCUUACCUACACACUAUAGUGACUAGCUUACCUACACACUAUAGUGACUAGCUUACCUACACACUAGUAACUAGCUUACCUACACACUAUAGUGACUAGCUUACCUACACACUAUAGUGACUAGCUUACCUACACACUAUAGUGACUAGCUUACCUACACACUAUAGUGACUAGCUUACCUACACACUAUAGUGACUAGCUUACCUACAACAAAAUCCCCAUAAAUGUCCUCAGACAUCGGUCACUUGUUUGUAAAUUGUCUAGAAAUAGACUAUAAGAGGUAUUGAUCGCAAUAACCUCUCUAAAUGUCCAUCCGUAGCUAUUUAUUGAGAAAUGGAAGGCCACGCCAUCCUAUUUUACCAGAAAAUGUUGGUAGAUUGUCGAAAGAGUGAAAUAAAGGUACUGAACGAG